AUGUCGGUAGAAAGUUUAGAUAAUGUUGAAUUUACCAAUAAUACUGUACAAAGUGACUCAGUUUUGAGAGUUGCAACCAGAUUACCUCCACUAUGGAAAAGUAAUAUAACAGUUUGGUUUAUUCAAGUGGAGGCUAGUUUCAAUGUUUCACGUAUAACAAAUGAUGAGACGAAGUAUAACUACUUGUUAUCCGCCAUUGACGCAGAUACACUUAGCGCUGUUACGGAUUUAAUUAUAGCUCCUCCAGAGGGAAAUAAAUAUCAAGCUUUAAAAGAUAGAUUAGUUAAAGAGUUUUCCGAUUCGCAAUCAAGCCAAAUACGGAAACUUUUGUGUGAACUUACAUUAGAAAAAAUUACAUCAGAUCAAGGUCGACAAUUUGAGUCUGAGCUAUUUCGACAAUUAACUCGAUUCAUUGGUGCCGAAAAGAUAAGAACUUCACCAUACCAUCCUCAAUCAAAUGGUCUUAUUGAGAACUGGCAUCGACCAUUAAAAUGUGCUUUAAAAGCUCGACGAAAUGAAAAAUGGACCGAAGUUCUUCCCACCAUACUCCUAGGAUUCCGUGCAGCAAUUAAAACGGAUCUGAAUGUUUCACCAGCCGAACUUGUUUAUGAAACUUCACUUCGACUUCCAGGAGAUUUUUUCGAUGAACAUUCGGUUAUAAAAAGCCCUGAAACUAUGAUACAGAAGCUAAGAGAUAUAUUUCACGAUUUUGCUCCUUUACCGACAAAAUCACAUUCUAAUAUUAAGCCUUUCGUAUCACAAGACUUAAAAACUUGCACCCAUGUUUUUAUCAGAAAUGAUGGGGUGCGGAAAAGUCUUCAGCCGCCAUACAACGGACCUUAUGCAGUCAUCAAGCGCGGCGCGAAAGUGUUCAAAGUAAUGAUAAAAGGCAAAAAUGUCACUGUGUCUGUAGACAGGCUAAAACCAGCAUUUCUGUCUGCUGACAAGGACAAUGUUAACCAACCAGAAGAAGAAAUGCUGAGGUUGUGUAAGAAACUCACAAGAAGAGUGGCUAGGCCUUUACCAGACCUAGUGCACUCCCGGACAAACGGCAUCAGUGUUUCAUGUGCAACCAUUAAGGCGCAGAUGCAUGACACAAGGCAGGCAGUAAGCAAACCUUCAUUUGCAGAGCCAAUACCGAACACUACUGCUACACUAGGCCGAGAUGCAAUACUAAAGUGCACCAUUGAUGACUUAGACGGAUUCAAGGUGGCAUGGAUAAAACUGGAUACUCAAACUUUGCUGAGUUAUCAAACACACGUCAUCAGUCGCGAUAGGAGACUGAAAAUUACAAAUAGCAACAAAAGACAAUGGUUUCUACAUAUCAAAGACGUAAACGUAUUAGACAGAGGUUACUACAUGUGUCAAAUUAAUACCGAGCCUAUGAUAAGCCAAGCUGGAUAUCUUGAUGUUAUGGUUCCACCGUCCAUUGUAGAAGAAGAUACUAGCACUGACACUGUUGUAGAAGAAAGAGCAAAAGUCAGCCUUCGAUGUGGUGCUUCUGGUUAUCCUUCGCCCCAAAUUUCUUGGAGAAGAGAAAAUCAGAAAGACAUAAACUUGGGUCCCGUGGGAAAUACAGAAAACAUAGUGCAGAGGGUUGAAGGCGAAUUUCUCAACCUUACACAAGUCACACGGGAGGAUAUGGGGGCUUAUCUCUGCAUAGCAUCCAAUGGAGUUCCCCCGUCCGUAAGCAAGCGGAUACUGCUUCAGGUGAAUUUUCAACCUAAAAUUCGUGUGGCCAAUCAGAUGGUUAGAUCUUCUAUGGGGACUGAAGCUGUACUCGGAUGCCAUCUAGAAGCAUCUCCAAGGCCACUCACCUCGUGGAUACGUCAUGAUGACGUCGUACUCAUAAAUAACUACAAAUACGAGUUGCACGAAAUUGAAGAUUCAUACAAAAUUCUGAUGCAGCUAAAAAUAAAAAAUAUCACAGAAGAUGAUUUUGGAUAUUAUAAAUGUGUCGCGAAGAAUACAUUUGGUGAUAAAGAAGGAUUUGUUCGUCUAAUAGAGAUACCUCCUACUACUAGUACAACACAAUCUACGAUCCCGUACAAGGUGUUUGUUGCAGUUCAAAGAGUUGUAACAGAAAGCCAACCAGUUCAAGAAUGGACAACCUUCCAAAAGAAAGAAUUUGGUGCUCCAACAACGAAUUCUCUAAGAGAUGUCUCACAUGUAGUUUCAUCAGAGAAACAACUCUUACCAGGGAAAGUGCAGAGUCGAAUGGAAGACGAGAAACAGCAGAAGAGAACAACAAAUACCAGUCCUCAUUCAAACAAAUCAAGUUCACAAGCAACAAGAAACCAUAUCUUACCCGUACCUGGAUUACUGUUCGCCAUUUUACUGACCGUGGUUUAUCAAAAUAUGCUGCGUAUGUAAAUAUAUUUAUACUUGCGCCAUAAACAGACACUUCUCAGCAAUGGUGAAAACUUGAUUGUAAUAAAUAUGUGUACACCGGAUAUCAAGAAAAUAUUCCAAUGACUCAAAGAUUGUGAGGAGAAGC